GCGGCGGCGGGAGGCGGGCGCUGUCCAUGGCCCUGCGGAGCUCCGGGCGGCCCCGGGCUCCGCCGCGCCGCCGAGCGAGCGAGCGAUGGGCAACACGGUGCACAAGACGCUGGCAGACACGAGCCACCAGGCGCGCUCGGUGUCCAGCCGGCCCUACUACAGCUUGCCCAACAGCAGCCAUGAGCGACGCUCGGUGCUGGCCAUCGCGGAGCCGCCGCGCUUCCACUCGCAGGCCAAGGGCAAGAACGUGCGGCUGGACGCGCACUCGCGCAAGGCCACGCGCAGGAACAGCUUCUGCAACGGCGUCACCUUCACCAACCGGCCCAUCCACCUCUACGAGAAGGUGCGCCUCAAGCUGGUGGCCGUGCACCACGGCUGGAGCGGCGCCCUGCGCUUCGGCUUCACCAUCCACGACCCCUCGCAGAUGAGCUCCGAGGAGAUACCAAAGUACGCCUGCCCCGACCUCGUCACCCGCCCCGGCUACUGGGCCAAGGCUCUGCCGGAGAGGUUUGCGGUCAGGGACAAUAUCCUGGCCUUCUGGGUGGACCGGCACGGCAGAGUCUUCUACAGUAUUAAUGAUGAGGAGCCAAUCUUGUUUCACUGUGGUAUUAAAGUUUCCGGGCCUCUUUGGGCGCUCAUAGAUGUCUACGGAAUUACCCACGAAGUGCAAAUUCUAGACAGCAUGUUUGCAGAGACCAUGACCACUGCCCGGCUCAGCACCGCCCGGCUCAGCACCUGCCUUCCCCAGAGCAACCACGACUCGGCCAACUUCAACAACAACGAGCUCGAGAACAACCAAGUGGUGGCCAAAAUUGCAAACCUAAACCUAAGCCGGGUACCAGGGCUUGGGACUGACAACCACAUCAUCCCCUGCUGCCCCAGCCGGCGGCAGCCCGCCCAAGGAGUCCCGGCGUUCCUGGACACCGACCUGCGGUUCCACCCCACCCGCGGCCCCGACGUCACCUUUUCCCAGGACAGGAUGGUGGCCUGCACCAACUGGCAGGAGAGCAAUAGGACUUUGGUGUUUUCUGACCGGCCUUUGCACAUCGGGGAGAGCCUCUUUGUGGAAGUAGGACACCUGGGGCUGCCGUACUACGGGGCCCUCUCGUUCGGCAUCACCUCUUGUGAUCCGAGCACUUUGCGGACAAACGAGCUCCCGGCGGAUCCGGAUUUUCUCCUGGACCGUAAGGAGUACUGGGUGGUUUACCGGGCCUUCCCGGUGCUCAACAGCGGCGACAUCCUCAGCUUCAUGGUCCUGCCCAACGGAGAGGUGCACCACGGGGUCAACGGGGCCAGCCGGGGGAUGCUCAUGUGCGUGGACACCUCACAGUCCCUCUGGGUGUUUUUUACCAUCCACGGCGUGAUCAACCAGCUCAAAAUCCUGGGCACGGUGCAGUCCAGCCCAGGGACGGUGUCUCCCUCAGGAUCCCCCGGUGGCUCCCAAUACGACAGCGACUCGGACAUGGCCUUCAGCGUCAACAGGUCCUCAUCAGCUUCCGAGUCCUCGUUGGUGACUGCCCCCAGCUCCCCUUUGAGCCCCCCCAUCUCUCCUGUCUUCUCCCCUCCGGAGCCAUCGAGCAGCAAGAACGGGGAGUGCACCGUGUGCUUUGACAGCGAGGUGGACACGGUGAUCUACACCUGCGGACACAUGUGCCUCUGCAACACCUGUGGUCUUAAGCUGAAGAAGCAGCUCAACGCCUGCUGCCCCAUUUGCCGACGGGUCAUCAAAGAUGUGAUUAAAAUCUACCGCCCGUAGCGCCCGUCAG